AUGGAAGACAGUAAGAAAAUAAAGCCAUACAUUCUGCAUCUCAACAAACAGAUAAAACAACUCACAGGCGAAAUUGAUAAGUUAACGAGUAAGUCAUUGGACGAACAACUACUACUCCUGCAAGAUGAAAAACAGAAGCUAGAUCUCUCCAAUAAAUACGCAUACAUCCUAAGUUCACUAUGUUUCGCUUACAUGAAGGUUCUCAAUGUGAAAGAUUUCUCCUCGAUAAUGGCAGAAUUAGGCAGAUGCAAAUCCUACAUGGAUAAGUCCAAACAGCUGGAAACAAAGCAGCAGUCGCAAGAACAAGAGACUUUGGAACAAGAAAAACAGGCCAAAAAAGUACUCCAAUCAGCACUCUCAGGGAAAAGUACAGAGCCAGCUAUAAGUAGCGUUCAUUUCCAGGGCAAGCAUACUAAAUUUGCAGAUGAAUCUGCAACAUCUACAAAGAAAGAUAAAGAUACUAGCUUAGUAGACCAAGUCAUGGACAGAAUGAAGAAGCAAAAACAAACUCAAAAGCAAUCGAAAACUAAGGCAUCCGGGAGAGUUUCCAAGAAAUAG